AUGGGGAGAUUUGAGACACCAGCCGGUCGCUUGUCUACUAUCUUCUAUAGCACGGAUGUUCCGCGAAAGAAAAGGCCAGGAGACAUUGCCCUCACAUCAGAUGAAGAAAAGUCUUCAGGGCAAGCCACCGACAUGAGUGAUGUUGUUCUAUGGGAAACUUAUAUUACAACUAAUCAGAUUAUAACUUCUUCAAGGCGGCAUUUUGCAUGGAAAGAUCUCUGUCUUGACAUUCAAGUUAGGGAAGAGAACCGCCGAUUAUUGAAUAACGUUUCUGGGUGGUUGGAGCCCGGAACAAUGACUGCUUUGAUGGGAGUGUCUGGAGCAGGAAAACUUGACAGCGACUCUCUUCCGCAAUCAAUGAACCGGCAUUCUGGUUUCGUGCAACAGCAAGAUGUCCACCUUGAUAUAUCCACCGUACGGGAAGCAUUACGACUUACGGCACAACUCCGCCAGGCCAUCUCUGUUCCGAUCGCUGAAAAGUACGAAUACGUAGAAACAGUCAUCUCCAUGCUCGAAAUGGAAGACGUGGCGGACGCCCUGAUCGGUACACCUGGCACCGGACUCAGUCUCGAGAAACGAAAACGGGUGAGCAUCGGCGUCGAGCUUGCCGCGAAGCCUGAUAUCCUACUAUUCCUAGACGAGCCCACAUCUGGAUUGGACGGAGAGUCUGCCUUCUUUAUCAUCUCUCUAAUGCGAAAGUUAGCGAAUGCAGGGCAAACAAUUUUAUGCACAAUUCAUCAACCAUCGUUCGACCGUAUUGAACAGUUUGAUGGUCUAUUUUUGCUUAUCCCAGGGGGAGACGAUGCGGCGAACGAAGACCAAGACAUUUUGACAUACGCGGCUUCACCUUUCGAACAGCUGCGAGUGGUACUUCACCGGGCAUUUCUCGACUACUGGAAGGACCCAGAUUAUGUCAUUAUCAAGAUGCAGCUGAACAUAUGGAUGGGUCUAAUCAACGGCUUAACAUUCCUACAGUUAUCGAACAGCAUGACCGACCUGCGCAACCGUCUGUUCUCCAUAUUCAUCGGCAUCAUCACCGAACCUAUGCUCACGCUCCAGGUCGAACCUCGCUUCAUCUCGGUCUUCGUCCUGAGCACGUUCCUAGUCGAGAUCCCAUUCAACCUUAUCGGCGGCCUCUUGUACUGGCUACUGUGGUACUAUAUUGUCGGGUACUUCUACUCGUCCGAGCGCGCCGGCUACGCGUUCCUCAUGUACGAGCUAUACCAAAUCUUCGUCGCUAGCUUCGCCCAGCUAAUCUCUUCCGUCUUCCCUACCAUCGGCGCCGCGCAGAUCGCGACGGGCUUCGUCUGGCUCAUGGUCAACACGUUCAACGGACCCCUCUCCCCGCCGCCGCUAACUCCGAAAGGUUGGCGCUGGUUCUACAAUGUCUCGCCGCUGUUCUACCUGGUCGAGGGCAUCGCGACCAACGCCAUGCACGGCCUCGACGUCAGAUGUUCUGACUCCGAGAUAUCCAUCUUCUACGCUCCCGACAACGAGACCUGCGACGCGUACGCAGCGGCUUUCUUCGGCUCGGCGUCGGCGCAGGGAUACCUGCUUGACGCCAAUGCUAUGGGGGAGUGCGCGUACUGUCCAUAUGCUAACGGGGAUGAAUAUCUCAAGCAAUACGAUUUCGAUUAUAGCCACCGCGCCAGGAAUAUCGGUAUCUUCAUCAAGUUUAUCAUGUUUAACUACACCAUGGCAGCGCUCGCGACUUAUUUAAUCUUUAUUUGCAAGUGGAGGAUGCCGAAGAUUUCGUUGUGGGGGAAGUAA